GAGCCCUUUCAGCUCCAGCACAUCAGGAGAAGGGAGGUUCGGCCUCUCCUAGGCAGACAGGAAGGAGCAAGGGCACAGGAUGCCGAGUGCGGUGUUGCUGGGGAUGAUCACCCUGGCGCUGGCAGCUCUGGCUUUGGCUGUUCCGCUUGGAGAAGGGAAGAAGACAGAGAAGCCCAGCACUGACCUCACCAUCUAUGAGAGCCUUAACUUGGACAACUACGAUCUCAGCCUGAACAACUAUGGGGACAUCAUUGACUUGAGCAACUAUGAUGAGCUGUACGACUAUGGUGAUUUGGCCCCAAAGAUUGAGGUUGGAACGUUGGCUCCUCCAGCCAAGACCCCCGAAGGCAUGCCAAGCACCAGAGCUGUGCCAACUGCUACACCAAGGAAAGAGCUCCCCAUGUCCACCACAGCAAAGCCUGUCGGGCCAGGGCUGCUCGGGUUCAUAACUGAACAGGGCCUGUCCACCUGCCUGGUGUGCGUGUGCAUCGGCACCUCCGUGUACUGCGACGACGCUGGCCUGGAGCACAUCCCUGCUCUGCCACUGGAGACCAUGUACCUCUAUGCCCGCUUCAACAGCAUCGGCCAGAUCAGAGCCAGGGAUUUUGCUGGGCUGAAGAAGCUGAAGAGAAUAGACCUGACAAGUAACUACAUCUCCUCGGUGGAGGAGGGCUCCUUCCGCCAGCUGACCAGCCUGCAGGAGCUCAUCCUCCCUGAGAACAGGCUGACAGUGCUGCCUGACCUGCCCAGCAGUAUCAUCCGGCUGGACGCCCGGUUCAACAGGAUCCAGAGCUCCGGGCUCAGGCCUGAAGCCUUCAGGGAGCUGAAGAAGCUGCAGUUCCUCCACUUGUCUGAUAAUGAGCUGGACUAUAUCCCAGCACCCCUGCCUGAGAGCCUGCGAUCCCUACACCUCCAGAAUAACAACAUCCAGACCAUGCACCAGGACACGUUCUGUGACAGCCAGGACCUCACCCACAUCCGCCGGGCGCUGGAGGACAUCCGCUUGGACGGCAACCCCAUCAACCUGAGCCUCUUUCCCAGUGCCUACUUCUGCCUGCCUCGCCUCCCCACGGGCCGCUUCUACUGAGCCCAUUUAGCACUUCCCUUCAGCUUGAGGAACCUCUGAGCAGGCUGGCCUGGCCCCUUCGGAUAACAGCUCCACCCCACAGGCACCACUGCCAGGCUGUCCUGUUAGCUCACUUACCAUUUCCCUUCUCUUCCAUUCCCCUUAAUCCCCUGGUGUGGGCUGGCACUCAGGUGGGACAUUAGCAUGUGGCACCCCACUUCCCGCUGCCACAUCCACCCGUGCCCAUGCACCUCAGUCACCAUCAGCAUCCUCCCCCACC